GUGGAGGCCUGAGGAGCCAGUGAGUGACUCGCCUUCUCCUCCUCCUCCCCUUCGUAGCUCUCAGUCGCCGCCAGGCUCAUUUGCAUCGGGCACUCACCCCCCACCCCCCGUCCUAGUCCCGUCUUUCUCCCUGCUUACUUUCACACCCCCUUCCCUUCGUACUCCUUUCUUCCUUCUCGGUUAUCCUCUCCCCCCCCCAUUUUCUCUGCCUCACUCAGUCACCUGCCCCUCCCCCCACCCGCCAGCCCAUCAAUCAAUCAGUGGCGACCGAGAGCGGAUCAAUCAAUGGUCGGGAGGAGGCGGCGGCGGCUGCUGCUGCUGUUUAAUGAACAAUGUGUGAGAGCUGCGCCGAGCUGCUGGAGGUGUUAAACGAGAUAUCAGACAUUGAAGGUGGAGAUGGAUUGCAGCUCAGAAAGGAUCAUGCGCUUAAAGUUUUCGCUUAUAUCAACUCCUGGACACAAAGGCAAUGUCUCUGCUGCUUCAAGGAGUAUAAGCAUUUGGAGAUCUUCAACCAAGUUGUGUGCGCGCUUAUAAAUUUAGUGAUUGCCCAAGUUCAAGCUCUUCGGGACCAGCUGUGUAAACAUUGCACUAUUAAUAUAGACUCAGCAUGGCAAGAUGAGAAUAAUCCAUCUGAUGAGCCACUGAAUGUAGAAAGAGAAUCUCAUGGAGAUGGAGGAGAAGAAGAAAAUGGGGAACAACACAAAUCCAUAGAGAAGAAGUUAGACUCUGGAAGAACUUGUAUCCUGACAGAUGAGGAAUCCACAAAAGGCACUGAUGUGUUUAGCGUAUGGAGCACUGAGGAGAAGGAAAAACUUCUGCUUUGUGUAGCAAAAAUCUUUCAGAUCCAGUUUCCUCUAUAUACUGCUUACAAGCAUAACACUCAUCCCACAAUAGAGGAUAUUUCUGCACAAGAAAGCAAUAUAUUAGGGGCAUUCUGUGAUAUGAAUGAUGUAGAAGUACCAUUGCACUUGCUUCGCUAUGUUUGCUUGUUUUGUGGAAAAAAUGGCCUUUCCCUCAUGAAGGACUGUUUUGAAUAUGGAACCCCUGAAACAUUACCUUUUCUCAUAGCACAUGCGUUUAUCACUGUGGUCUCUAAUAUCAGAAUAUGGCUGCACAUCCCUGCUGUUAUGCAACACAUUAUACCAUUUAGGACCUAUGUUAUCAGGUAUUUAUGUAAACUGUCGGAUCAAGAAUUGAGGCAGAGUGCAGCCCGUAACAUGGCAGAUUUAAUGUGGAGCACAGUUAAAGAGCCACUGGAUACUGCCUUGUGCUUUGAUAAAGAAAGUCUUGAUCUAGCAUUUAAAUACUUUAUGUCACCAACUUUGACCAUGCGGUUGGCUGGACUCAGUCAAAUAACAAAUCAACUUCACACCUUCAAUGAUGUGUGUAAUAAUGAAUCAUUGGUUUCAGAUACAGAAACGUCCAUUGCAAAAGAGCUUGCAGAUUGGCUGAUCAACAACAAUGUGGUAGAACAUAUUUUUGGACCAAAUUUGCAUAUUGAGAUCAUCAAACAGUGCCAAGUGAUUCUUAACUUUCUUGCUGCUGAAGGCCGACUUAGUACACAGCACAUAGACUGCAUUUGGGCUGCAGCACAGUUGAAGCAUUGUAGUCGCUAUAUACAUGAUUUAUUUCCUUCACUGAUCAAGAAUUUGGAUCCUGUUCCACUUAGACAUCUUCUUAAUUUAGUCUCAACUCUUCAUCCAAGUGCACAUACUGAACAGACUUUAUAUUUGGCAUCCAUGCUCAUUAAAGCGCUGUGGAAUAAUGCACUAGCAGCUAAGGCUCAGCUCUCAAAGCAGAGCUCAUUUGCAUCUUUGCUCAGUACAAAUCUACCAAUGGGAAAUAAGAAAGAGGAAGAAGAGCUCCGGAGAGCAGCUCCAUCACCAUGGUCACCUGCAGCAAGUCCUCAAAGCAGUGACAACAGUGAUACUCAUCAGAGUGGAGGAAGUGACAUUGAAAUGGAAGAGCAGCUGAUUAGCCGGACUAAACAUGUCCAGCAGCGGCUUUCAGAUACAGAGGAAUCUAUGCAGGGAAGUUCUGAUGAGACAGCUAAUAGUGGUGAAGAUGGCAGCAGUGGGCCGGGUAGCAGCAGUGGCCACAGUGAUGGAUCCAGCAAUGAGGCAAACUCCAGCCAUGCAAGCCAGUCUGCAGGGAGUCCUGGCAGUGAGGUGCAGUCAGAAGACAUUGCAGACAUUGAAGCACUCAAAGAAGAGGAGGAAGAGGAAGAUGAAGACAGGGGUCAUAAUUCCCAGAAAAAUGGCCGGAGCACAGAGAUAAGAAGCAGAAAAUUGGAAGCUCAGUCAGGGAUUUGUUUGGGGGACUCACAGGGGGCAGCGGAAAGGAGUGGUGUAAGCAAUGGAACAGGAAAGGACCACGUUUUUAAUACUGAUUCUGUGCCACCAGUGGAUAAUAGAAUUAGAAUGCUAGACCCUUGCUCACAUGCAGAGGACACAGAACAUGAUAUGACAGGGGAAAUGAGCACAGCACAUAUAUCACAAGGCUCUCAAGAUUCUUGUAUAACACAUACGGGGGACUUCCUUGGAGAAGCUAUUGGAAAUGAAUUAUUCAACUGUCGACAGUUUAUUGGGCCACAGCAUCACCACCACCACCACCACCAUCACCACCACCACCAUCAUCAUCAUGAAGGACAUAUGGUUGACGACAUGCUAAGUGCUGAUGAUGUCAGUUGUAGCAGUUCCCAAGUCAGUGCAAAAUCAGAGAAAAAUAUGGCAGAUUUUGAUGGAGAGGAAUCUGGCUGUGAAGAAGAGCUUGUACAGAUAAAUUCACAUGCUGAACUAACGUCUCACCUCCAACAGCACCUUCCAAAUCUUGCCUCCAUUUAUCAUGAACAUCUCAGUCAAGGGCCAGCAGUUCAUAAGCACCAGUACAACAGCAACGCAGUGACAGAUAUUAACUUGGAUAAUGUUUGUAAGAAGGGAAAUACUCUUUUAUGGGAUCUGGUCCAGGAUGAAGAUGCAAUUCAUCUCUCUGAAGGUUUGAUAAAUGAAGCAGAGAAGCUUCUGUGUUCAUUAGUGUGUUGGUUUACUGAUAGACAGAUUCGAAUGAGAUUCAUUGAAGGCUGUCUAGAAAAUUUAGCAAAUAACAGAUCAGUGGUGGUUUCUCUUCGUCUUCUUCCAAAAUUAUUUGGUACCUUUCAACAGUUUGGUAGCAGUUAUGAUACACAUUGGAUAACAAUGUGGGCUGAAAAAGAACUUAACAUGAUGAAGCUCUUCUUUGAUAAUUUGGUACACUACAUUCAGGCUGUCAGGGAAGGACAACAUAAGCAUGCAUUGUACAGCCACAGUGCAGAAGUUCAAGUACGCCUUCAGUUUUUGACAUGUGUCUUUUCAACUCUGGGAUCACCAGAUCACUUCAGGUUGAGUCUGGAACAAGUAGACAUUUUGUGGCACUGUUUAGUAGAAGAUUCUGAAUGCUAUGAUGAUGCACUACACUGGUUUUUAAAUCAAGUACGAAGCAAAGACCAGCAUGCCAUGGGAAUGGAAACCUACAAACAUCUUUUUUUAGAAAAGAUGCCCCAGCUAAAGCCUGAAACAAUUAGUAUGACUGGAUUAAAUUUAUUUCAACAUUUAUGCAAUUUGGCACGAUUGGCUACCAGUGCAUACGAUGGUGGCUCAAACUCAGAGUUAUGUGGUAUGGACCAGUUUUGGGGCAUUGCUUUAAGAGCACAGUCUGGAGAUGUGAGCCGUGCUGCUAUCCAGUAUAUAAAUUCCUAUUAUAUUAAUGGUAAAACAGGUCUAGAGAAAGAACAAGAAUUUAUUAGCAAGUGCAUGGAAAGUCUAAUGAUAGCGUCUGGCAAUCUUGAGCAUGAUUCACACUCAAGUCUUACCAUUAUUGAACGUGGGCUUCUCAUGCUUAAGACUCAUUUAGAAGCUUUUCGGAGAAGGUUUGCAUAUCAUCUGAGACAAUGGCAAAUUGAGGGCACUGGGAUCAGCAGCCAUUUAAAAGCAUUGAGUGACAAACAGUCAAUGCCUCUUAGAAUUGUUUGUCAGCCAGCUGGACUUCCUGACAAGAUGACAAUUGAAAUGUAUCCUAGUGAUCAGGUGGCAGAUCUAAGAGCUGAGGUUACACAUUGGUAUGAGAAUUUGCAGAAAGAACAGAUAAACCAACAAGCUCAGCUUCAGGAAUUUGGACAAAGCAGUCGGAAAGGAGAGUUUCCAGGUGGUCUUAUGGGACCUGUGAGAAUGAUCUCAUCUGGACAUGAACUGACAACUGAUUAUGAUGAAAAAACUCUUCAUGAAUUAGGUUUUAAAGAUAUGCAGAUGGUGUUUGUAUCCUUGGGUGCUCCGAGGAGGGAGCGAAAGGGGGAAGGUGUUCAGCUUCCAGCAUCCUGCUUACCACCUCCCCAGAAGGACAAUAUCCCAAUGCUGUUACUUCUGCAAGAACCUCACCUUACCACUCUCUUUGAUUUAUUGGAGAUGCUUGCCUCUUUUAAACCUCCUCCUGCAGAAGUAGUUAUGGAAGACAGUGAGAGCAUAAAAUGUGAGGAGCUCCACCUUCAUGCAGAAAAUCUUUCAAGGCGAGUCUGGGAAUUGUUAAUGCUUCUACCUACAUGCCCCAAUAUGCUGCAGGCAUUCCAAAAUAUUUCAGAUGAACAGGGUAAUGAUGGAUUCAAUUGGAAAGAUCUCUUGAGAAUAAAAAGUGCCCAUAAACUUUUGUAUGCCCUUGAAAUCAUUGAAGCUCUUGGAAAACCCAACAGAAGAAUAAGGCGGGAAUCCACGGGAAGUUACAGUGAUCUGUAUCCAGAUUCUGAUGACUCGAGUGAAGAUCAAAUAGAAAAUAGUAAAAACACUUGGAGCUGCAAGUUUGUUGCUUCUGGAGGGCUUCAGCAGCUACUGGAAAUCUUUAAUUCUGGGAUUCUAGAGCCUAAAGAGCAAGAAUCGUGGACUGUGUGGCUGCUUGAUUGUUUAGCCUGCUUGCUGAAGUUGAUAUGCCAGUUUGCAGUAGAUCCCUCAGAUUUGGAUUUGGCUUAUCAUGAUGUCUUUGCCUGGUCUGGAGUAGCUGAGAGCCACAGGAAAAGAACUUGGCCGGGGAAAUCACGGAAAACUGCAGGAGACCAUGCAAAGGGCCUUCACAUACCUCGCCUGACAGAGGUAUUUCUUGUACUUGUCCAGGGAACCAGCUUGAUUCAGCGACUUAUGUGUGUUGCUUAUACAUAUGACAACUUGGCGCCUAGGGUGUUGAAAGCUCAAGCUGAUCAUAGGUCAAGACAUGAAGUUACUCACUAUUCAAUGUGGCUCUUAGUGAGUUGGGCUCACUGCUGCUCUAUAGUGAAAUCCAGCCUAGCAGAUAGUGAUAAUUUACACGACUGGCUAAAGAAACUUACCCUUCUCAUUCCUGAGACUGCAGUCCGUCAUGAGUCCUGUAAUGGUUUGUACAAAUUAUCAUUGUCUGGUUUAGAUGGAGGAGAAUCAAUAAACAGAUCUUUUCUGCUGCUGGCUGCCUCAGCAUUGUUGAAGUUUCUGCCUGAUGCUCAGGCACUGAAACCUAUCAAGAUAGAAGAUUAUGAAGAAGAACCCAUUUUACAGCCUGGCUGUAAGGAAUAUUUCUGGUUGCUGUGCAAACUAAUAGAUAACAUACAUGUAAAAGAUGCUAGUCAGACAACUUUGGUUGAUUUAGAUGCCUUAGCAAGACAUUUGGCUGACUGUAUUCGAAGCAGAGAAAUUCUUGACCAUCAAGAUGGUAACAUAGAAGAUGAUGGCCUUACAGGUCUUCUGCGUCUGGCGACAAGUGUUGUUAAACACAAGCCACCUUUUAAAUUUUCCCGAGAAGGGCAGGAGUUCCUGAGAGACAUCUUCAAUCUCCUGUUCUUGCUGCCAAGCCUCAAAGAUCGCCAACAGCCAAAGUGCAAAUCUCAUUCUUCAAGGGCUGCUGCUUAUGACUUGUUAGUAGAAAUGGUAAAGGGUUCCGUAGAGAACUACAGGCUGCUCCACAACUGGGUUAUGGCACAGCAUAUGCAGUCUUCCCAUGCACCUUAUAAGUGGGAUUAUUGGCCACAUGAUGAUGUCAGAGCUGAAUGCAGGUUUGUGGGUCUAACCAACCUUGGAGCAACUUGUUACUUGGCAUCGACCAUUCAGCAGCUGUAUAUGAUACCAGAAGCCAGGCAAGCCAUCUUUACUGCAAAGAAAAGUACAGUUGGAUGUAGCAGUUCACAGACAGAGCAGGUACUUUGCAAGCAGGAGAUGUUUCCAUCCCUAGCCUCUUGGGCAGCAGGGCCACGAAAGGCCUCUGAGACUGAGGCCAAGGAGUAUUCUGAGGAUAUGAAGCACAAGACCACUCUCUUAGAACUCCAGAAAAUGUUUACUCAUUUAAUGGAAAGUGAGUGCAAAGCAUAUAAUCCAAGGCCAUUCUGUAAAACCUAUACCAUGGAUAAGCAGCCACUUAAUACUGGCGAACAAAAAGACAUGACUGAAUUCUUCACAGAUCUGAUAACAAAAAUCGAAGAAAUGUCUCCAGAAUUGAAGAAUACGGUGAAAAGCUUGUUUGGAGGUGUUAUCACAAACAAUGUUGUUUCUUUGGACUGUGAGCAUGUCAGCCAGACUGCUGAAGAGUUCUACACAGUGAGAUGCCAAGUAGCAGACAUGAAGAAUAUUUAUGAAUCUCUUGAUGAAGUUACUAUCAAAGAUACUUUGGAAGGUGACAACAUGUAUACAUGUUCUCACUGUGGGAAGAAAGUACGAGCUGAAAAAAGGGCAUGUUUUAAGAAAUUGCCUCGCAUCUUAAGCUUCAACACAAUGAGAUACACCUUUAACAUGGUCACUAUGAUGAAGGAGAAAGUCAACACACACUUCUCAUUUCCAUUACGGCUGGACAUGACUCCUUACACUGAAGAUUUCCUCAUGGGAAAGAGUGACAGAAAGGAAGGUUUCAAGGAUGAUGGUGACAGUUUAAAGGAGGCCAAGAGUUAUGAAUAUGAUUUGAUAGGUGUAACGGUACAUACAGGGACAGCAGAUGGAGGACACUACUAUAGUUUCAUCAGAGAUAUUGUUAACCCUCAUGCUUACAAAAACAACAAGUGGUAUCUUUUCAAUGAUGCUGAGGUAAAACCAUUUGAUUCUGCUCAGUUGGCUUCUGAAUGUUUUGGUGGAGAAAUGACAACAAAGACCUACGACUCUGUCACAGAUAAAUUUAUGGAUUUCUCCUUUGAAAAGACACACAGUGCAUACAUGCUCUUCUAUAAACGAAUGGAGCCAGAAGAAGAAAAUGGCAGAGACUAUAAAUUUGAUGUUUCAUCUGAGUUGCUAGAGUGGAUAUGGCAUGACAACAUGCAGUUUCUUCAAGAUAAGAAUAUUUUUGAGCAUACGUAUUUUGGGUUCAUGUGGCAGUUGUGUAGUAGCAUCCCCAGCACAUUACCAGAUCCAAAAGCAGUUUCUCUGAUGACAGCCAAGCUAAGCACUUCUUUUGUCCUGGAGACAUUUAUCCAUUCGAAAGAAAAGCCUACAAUGCUUCAGUGGAUUGAACUUUUAACCAAGCAAUUUAACAACAGUCAAGCUGCGUGUGAGUGGUUUUUGGAUCGGAUGGCUGAUGAUGACUGGUGGCCUAUGCAGAUUCUAAUAAAAUGUCCAAAUCAGAUUGUGAGACAGAUGUUCCAACGCCUGUGUAUUCAUGUGAUUCAGCGAUUGAGACCUGUCCACGCCCAUCUUUAUCUCCAGCCAGGAAUAGAAGACUGUUCGGAUGACAUGGAUGGCCCUGUAGAAGAUAUUGGUAGCCGCUCAUGUGUAACUCGCUUUGUGAAGACUCUGCUGUCAAUUAUGGAACAUGGUGUUAAACCUCAUAGUAAACAUCUCACAGAAUACUUUGCCUUCCUUUAUGAAUUUGCCAAAAUGGGGGAAGAGGAGAGCCAGUUUUUGCUUUCACUGCAGGCCAUAUCAACAAUGGUGCAUUUCUACAUGGGAACCAAAGGACCUGAAAAUCCACAAGUUGAAGUGUUAUCAGAAGAAGAAGGAGAGGAAGAAGAAGAGGAGGAGGAUAUUCUUUCUUUAGCAGAAGAAAAGUACAGGCCUGCUGCACUUGAAAAGAUGAUUGCUCUGAUUGCUCUUCUGGUUGAGCAGUCUCGCUCAGAGAGGCAUUUGACUUUAUCCCAAAAUGACAUGGCAGCAUUAACAGGAGGCAAGGGUUUUCCCUUCUUGUUUCAACAUAUCCGUGAUGGAAUCAACAUCAGGCAGACCUGCAAUCUCAUUUUCAGCCUCUGUCGGUACAAUAACAGACUUGCAGAACAUAUUGUAUCCAUGCUUUUUACCUCCAUAGCCAAGUUGACUCCUGAGGCAGCCAAUCCUUUUUUCAAGUUGCUGACUAUGCUUAUGGAAUUUGCUGGAGGCCCGCCAGGGAUGCCUCCCUUUGCUUCUUACAUCCUGCAGAGGAUAUGGGAGGUGAUUGAGUACAACCCUUCUCAGUGUCUGGAUUGGCUAGCAGUGCAGACUCCUCGAAAUAAGCUGGCCCACAGUUGGGUGUUGCAGAAUAUGGAGAACUGGGUUGAACGCUUUCUUUUGGCUCACAACUACCCUAGAGUGAGAACUUCUGCAGCCUACCUUCUAGUAUCCCUUAUUCCAAGCAAUUCGUUCCGGCAGAUGUUCCGAUCCACACGUUCACUUCACAUCCCAACUCGGGACCUUCCCCUAAGUCCAGAUACUACAGUCGUUCUUCACCAGGUCUACAAUGUACUUCUUGGACUGCUGUCACGAGCUAAGCUUUACGUUGAUGCUGCUGUUCAUGGGACUACUAAGCUGGUGCCCUAUUUUAGUUUUAUGACUUACUGUUUGAUUUCCAAAACAGAAAAACUGAUGUUUUCUACCUAUUUCAUGGACUUGUGGAAUCUUUUCCAGCCAAAGCUUUCUGAGCCUGCCAUAGCCACCAAUCACAACAAACAGGCCCUGCUCUCUUUUUGGUACAAUGUCUGUGUUGACUGCCCUGAGAAUGUGCGCCUUAUUGUGCAGAACCCCGUGGUGACCAAGAACAUUGCCUUCAAUUACAUCCUAGCUGACCAUGAUGACCAGGAUGUGGUGCUCUUUAAUCGCGGGAUGCUGCCUGCCUACUAUGGCAUUUUGCGGCUGUGCUGUGAGCAGUCCCCUGCAUUCACCAGGCAGCUGGCUUCUCAUCAGAAUAUCCAGUGGGCUUUCAAGAAUCUCACACCACAUGCAAGCCAGUACCCUGGGGCAGUGGAAGAGCUGUUUAACCUCAUGCAACUAUUUGUAGCUCAGAGGCCAGAUAUGAGAGAAGAGGAACUGGAAGAUAUUAAACAAUUCAAGAAAACUACCAUAAGCUGUUAUCUCCGCUGCUUAGAUGGACGGUCAUGCUGGACUACUUUAAUAAGUGCCUUCCGAAUAUUAUUAGAAACUGAUGAAGAUCGGCUUCUUGUUGUGUUUAACAGAGGCUUAAUCCUGAUGACAGAGUCCUUCAACACGUUGCACAUGAUGUACCAUGAAGCCACAGCUUGUCAUGUAACUGGAGACCUAGUGGAGCUUCUCUCCAUAUUCCUUUCUGUUCUCAAGUCUACCCGGCCAUAUCUACAAAGAAAAGAUGUGAAACAAGCACUUAUCCAGUGGCAAGAGCGAAUAGAAUUUGCCCAUAAGCUGUUAACUUUGCUAAAUUCAUACAGCCCACCUGAGCUUCGAAAUGCAUGUAUAGACGUCCUCAAGGAGCUGGUGCUUUUAAGCCCUCACGAUUUCCUGCACACUCUGGUUCCGUUUCUGCAGCACAACCAUUGCACAUAUCACCAUAGCAACAUCCCAAUGUCCCUUGGCCCUUACUUCCCAUGCCGUGAAAACCUGAAAUUAAUAGGAGGCAAAAGUAAUAUCCGCCCACCUCGUCCCGAACUCAACAUGUGCCUCUUGCCUACAAUGGUUGAAGCCAGCAAGGGCAAAGAUGAUGUUUACGACCGCAUGCUGCUAGAUUACUUCUAUUCGUACCAUCAGUUCAUCCAUCUGCUGUGCCGAGUUGCCAUCAAUUGUGAGAAAUUCACAGAGACCUUAGUGAAGAUGAGUGUCCUUGUUGCUUAUGAAGGUUUGCCUCUUCAUCUAGCUUUGUUUCCCAAACUUUGGACUGAGCUUUGCCAGACUCAGUCCGCCAUGUCAAAGAACUGCAUCAAGCUCCUGUGCGAAGAUCCUGUGUUUGCAGAGUACAUUAAGUGCAUUCUAAUGGAUGAAAGGACCUUUCUCAACAACAACAUUGUGUACACUUUUUUAACACAUUUCCUUCUCAAGGUUCAAGGGCAGGUGUUUUCUGAAGCAAAUUGUGCUGGAGUAAUCAAUAAUUUGGUUACAAAUCUGAUCAACCAAUAUCAGAGUCUAGAAUCAGAUUUUGCCAAUCAGCGAGUUGAAAUUUUUAAAGCAAGCUCUACUUUAAAUGGGGACCUCCGAGCCCUCACCCUACUGCUUUCCGUGCACACUCCAAAGCAGUUGAAUUCAGCACUGAUUCCGACUCUGCAAGAACUGCUCAACAAAUGCAGGACUUGUCAGCAACAGAAGAACUCACUGCAGGAGCAAGAAGCCAAAGAAAGAAAAACUAAAGAUGAUGAAGGAGCUACUCCAGUGAAAAGAAGACGGGUUAGCAGUGAUGAGGAGCACACAGUAGACAGCUGUAUCAGUGAUCUGAAAACUGAACCUAGGGAGGCCUUGACUCCAACAAGCACCUCAGAUAAUGAAACAAGAGACUCAUCAAUCAUUGAUCCAGGCACUGAGCAAGACCUGCCUUCCCCAGAAAACAGUUCCAUUAAAGAGUACCGGAUGGAAGUUCCAUCGUCAUUCUCUGAAGAUAUGAUGUUGGCUACCCGGUCUCAGCAUGGGGAGGAGCAGGCAGGAGGUAGCCGGUUUGAGGAAUGUAAAGAGCUGAAGGAGCCAUCGAGUUCCAAGGAUUCCAACAUAGGUGAUGACGACACAGAGUUUCCCUCCACAUCUAUUUCUGCUGUUCUGUCUGACCUUGCCGAUUUGAAAAGCUGUGAAGGUCAGGCCUCACAGGACCCUGAGUCUGGCUUGUCGCUCAGCUGCAGCCAUUCCAGAGGACUUUUGAGUCACAUGCAGCAGCAGCAGCAGGACAUUUUAGACAUCCUCUGCAGGACCAUUGAGUCUACGAUUCAUGUGGUCACAAGGAUAUCUGGCAAAGGAAACCAAGCUGCUUCUUGACAAUAGAGGAGCAUGUCUGCUUUUAAAGUCUUUUUUUUCCUUCUUCAAUAAACUGCUGUUUGUAUAAGUUUUGCUUAUUUCUGUUUUGUGCUUCAGUUUGUCCAGUGCGCUCUGCUUGAAUGGCAAGAUUAAAUUUAUAUGCUUAAUUCUUGGUCAGGCAGAACUCCAGAUUUAAAGAUUUAGCUUCUACCAUACACUUUCUUAAAGGGCAAUCAGAUAAUGGAUAUGUUUUAUGUAAUUCAAAGUUCACUGUAGUGGCUUUCAUUUAAUAUGGCUGUCUGGGAGGAACAGGGUCUCCUCACCCUGUAUGAUGUAAUUUAAACUGAUGGCAUUUUUACUGUGUAUAAUAUGGUGUCCUCUGUGCCAGUUUUGUACCUUAAAAUAGAGGCAGAUAGCCUCCAAUCGCUGUGGUUCUUAUUAUCAAAAUUAAGUUUACUUGUAUACUAAACAACCACAAGAAAUUUGAUUCUGUAAAGAAUCCUCUUUAGCUGUGGCCUGACAGUAUAUAUAUAUAAAUAUAUAUAUAUGGUGCUUUAUUUAACAGAAUACCUGUGGAGGAAAUAAAGCACACUUGAUGUAAAAUUAAUUGUUUUAUUUUUAUUGACAUGACCGAUUGCUAUUCUGUGCACUUCAUUAAACUGAUUGUGACGACUUUUCAUUCGUUUUUAUAUAUGUUGCCUCAGUGGUCCACUUUCUCAAAAAAAAAGAUGCAAGCUGACAGAGGUGCACACGUGUUCAUUGCAAUUUUCUGAUGAUUCAUGCUUUCACUGGAGCCCAUGUGUUUAUUUGUGAAGAAUUUUAAAAGGCGUUUUAGCAUUCUGUAACAGCUCUACCAAAUAUUCUUGCAAGUCCCUAGUAAACCCCAUCCUAUUAAAGA